AUGAAGACUGCGAAGGUUGUUUCAGGCGAAUCGUCGUCUUCCAAUCGGAGAUCCCAACCCGUUCGCCAGACUCGAACAAAUCCUCCGAGAUCGAAUGCAGGCCUCAACCGCCUCGCCGCCCGAGACUCGCUGUCCAGCGCCAAUACUACCGAGCAACCUAUAGACAUCUUUCCGGGUGUUACCCACUUCGCUGAUGCUAUCACCGCUCUUCCGAAAGAGCUCGUGCGACAUUUUACUCUCCUCAAAGAAGUCGACGCCAAGGUCUUUGCCCCACAAGAACAGCUCUUCCAGUUCGUGCAAGAUGCUCUCGACAGUCCACCACCUGGACCCGCACGAUCGCUGAACGAUGUCACGAGCUCUGCCGCCCCUGCCUCGGCGCCUAUGAGCGCCGCGAACAGCUCCAGUGGAAUAGCGCCUCAUGGCAAUGUUCCGCCGGAAUUCUCAGCAAAUGGCUCGACUGCGUCAAGUGUCUUCGACGACAGCAAUCUGGCGCGCCGCCACCUCUUUCGGUCUACCGCCGUCAAGAUCCAAGAAAUGCUUAAUUCGCUAGAGGAGAAGAACCACGUCAUAUCUACAGCGAACGAUGCGCUCCGGAAACAGCUCAAUCGUAUUGAUGACAUAUGGCCUCACCUCUCGGACGAGUUUAGCGAGGAGGCAAAGUGGGGAAGCGACUCGCACUGGGCAUACCCAGAGAAUAGAGCAGCACGCGCGCUCAAUAGUCAGGCAGAGCGCACGCGCAGAGAGGGUGCCGCUCAUCUGUCUGCCGCUGCUCAGUUUGUCGCAGAAGAAGCUGCUGCGCGCAGUGAGUCGCGGAAGCAAGCCGUGGCCGCCAAAAAGAGUGCGAAAAACCACACGCACGACUCUGAACAUGAUGACCAUGACAAUAAAGGAAAACCAGAGACAACUAAGAAGGCCCAGAGCAAUACAAAACGGAAGACUGCUGCCGGGGCUGCCAAUGCCGAGUCGCCUGCCAAUGUUGGUCUAGGGAUCACCGGUCAGACACCAGCAAGCAACACACCCGCUCCAAAGAGGCGCAAGGUUGAGAAACCUCCUCCCAAUGGGGGAACUCCUACAGAGCGUUCAAUGGCAGCAGUUUUGCAGAAUGGCAAGAACUCCAAAACCAAGGCCUCGGAAAGCCCUCGUGCGACGCCGGCACCAGAGCAGCCAGCACCGAAAAAGCAGCGGAAGGCUUUGCCCAAUUCUACUGGACAGGCAAAGAAGAGGCAAGUGGCCGGGCCCGCUCAGCCGCCGUCUGUUACUUCGUCGCCAGUCAUCGGCACCUUUCCCGACGCUUCCAAGCCUCCACGGGCCUCACCUGUGCCCCCUGCCAACCCUCGUCCAGCUUCCUCAAGAGCCCGUCAAAACUCCACGGCGUCUAUUGCGGACAAGCGGCCGCCAUCCGUUGCCUCGAACAAAGCGAACGGCAACGUGCCCGCGCCCAUCGAAAUUCCACCGCCAAGCAACGGCUCUCGUGGCGCCAACAAUGAUAAUGUGAAGACUCAGAUGGAACCGCCAAGCGCAGGUCCCAAGAUUGAACCCGUAAGACAACAGAGCGAAAGAGUGCCGACGCCGAAAUCUGCCGUGGCGGCGAGCGGUCCAAAAGAGGGCUCUGCGAAACCCGCCGAGGAAGUCGAGGCGCGAAAAGAGCCUACACCAGCAUCCGCGCCGCCUGCAGUGCAGCAGGUCACCACCACAAAGAGCGGUCGAGCAAGCAAGCCCUCUACUCCAGCAAUCGGCAGCUUCCCGGAUAAUCCUCCUACCAAUAGUAACAACAACAACAAUAACAACAAUCCCCGCUCCCGUCCUUCAAGAAAUUCAGAAGCACCUGCGAUUCCCAAGAGAUCUCAUAAGAAAGGUGCUUCUGCGGCUCACGCGGCUGCGGUCCAAAAGGCCCUGGUGCAGCCCACAGCGGACGAGGACCACACCGUACCAACGGAUGAAAACGACGUAUACGACCCUGACGAGCCGACGUAUUGUUACUGCGAGCGAGUAUCUUUCGGUCAGAUGGUGGGUUGUGAUGGCGAGCACUGCAAGAGGGAGUGGUUUCAUUUGGGAUGUGUGGGCUUGAAGGUAGCGCCCGGGAAGAGCGUGAAAUGGUAUUGUGACGACUGUAAAAAGCAGGUGGCGGCUGCCGGGAAGAAAAUCAACGGGCGAUAA